UGCAUGGCUCAAAAUGACAUCUCUUUCUCCGUGUUCACGGUCACGUCCAAAAGUGUGACCAUGCAGUGGACGGGACACAGCGGAGCCACGUCCUACAAGAUCACAGCGACAUCCAAAACCUCUCCAGAGCGCUCGUUUUUUACUCAUUUCGGCGCUGACACAGUGAUGGGCUCGGUCAACUCUCUGUCGCCAAACACGGUGUACACCAUGCACUUGGAUGCCAUGGACCACGCCCUCAACGUGCUGAGCAGUGCAGAGACUGAAGAGACCACAGCCCCAGAGGUGCCCAGCAUUGAACAGGCCUACUCCAAGCACAGUGACAGCAUCACCGUGGAGUUCACAGAGGUUGCCGGAGCGACCGGCUACAUCCUGAGGGCCGUGUCGCAGAGCCGUGAUUUCUUCUCUGAGACCGCCGUGAACAGUUCCCCGGGCACCGUGGUAAAGCUUCAUCCCUACACAGACUACAAGCUGAGCGUCAUGUCCAGCAAUGCCGGGGGACGCAGCCAGCCUUCGUACCCCAUCAAAGCCAGGACAGUGGUCAAGGCGCCCGAGUUGAACACCACAUCCCCUGAUGAUGGCACUAUCCUGGUCACCUGGUCUCCCGUUGAGUACGCCGUCCUUUACUCGCUCUGCAUCAUUGAGCAGGGCUCCAGCUCACGCCUCAAAGUCAACACCACUGAAAACACCGUGACCUUUGAUGAUCUUGAGGCAGGGACCACCUAUUGCAUCAAAAGUACAGCUUGGGACGCUGAAGGCCGCGUUGGUGACGACCUCACCAUCUGCCAGAUCACACGUCCGCCAAGUCCAGAUUUGGUCCACGUUCAGGUGACUCUGGGCCGGUCUCUUGGCAUCGCGGUGUACUGGGUGUUUGUGCAGGGAGCUGAGAACUACUUGGCUUGGAGUACCAACGGCCAAAACUGCACCGCCACAGCUAAUACCUACUGUUACAUCACUCCUAUGGAGUGUGGUCAGAAUCACUCUGUCUCUGUCAUUGCCUUCAACUCAGCUGGACCCAGCAGCCCUUCACCACCAGCUGACUAUGUUACAUACCCAUGUUCUCCAGACAACAUCUGGGUGGAAGAGCCCAACGCUGGUAACUGCUCAGUGGUGUGGGAUGAAGUACCACUGGUGGAGUUCUACAUGACCUUCAUAAAGAGGGACGACGGUACUGAGAAGUUAUGCAACACCACAGGAACCAGCUGCCACUUUUUCUGCAUGUGUGGUUACACCUACCUCACCAGCGUCUUUCCCUACAACCAGGCUGGCUCGAGCCCCUAUGCAAAUGUGCAGAACUACACCACCAUUCCAUGCUGCCCAGAGGGUGUUUCUUUAAAUUCCGCUUCCACAGAGACCCUGGAGGUCAUUUGGUCACCGGUCAAGGGGGCGGAGCUCUAUGAGACGACCGCAGUGCAGGCCAACGAAACCAUCCACUGUAAUGACACAGAACCUGUGUGUGCACUGUCUGAUUUGAGGUGCAACGCAAUAUAUUCCGUAGUGGUCACACCUUGCAGCGAGAUACAGGGGUGCAACCGCACUUGCAUGCCACACGGUCACGAGACAGCUCCUUGUGCUCCAGAUAUUCUGAAUAUGACUCAGUCCAACAACUCAUCCUACACAGUCCUCUUGACAACACCCAACAACCAAAAUACAAAUUAUACCGUCACCGCUGUCGGACGCUACGACACCCACACAUGCCAUGGAGGAAACAGCUCCUGUGAGCUAACGGAGCUGCCCUGUGGUUUGACUUAUGAGGUCACAGCCGUAGCCACCACAACUGCAGGAACAAGCCUAACUGGAUACAGUAAAAUCUUAGAAACAGGUCCUUGCUGCCCAACAUCUUUGAAUGUGAGCCAGGUCACACAGGCUAUGACCAACGUGACAUGGUCGGCUGGGUAUGGAGCCCAUUCUUUCAUCGCCACUCUGACGUCACCGCGUGGACACGCAAAGUGUCACACUAUGGACAUCCACUGCUUGAUGGGAUGUAUCACUUGCGGUACUAACUACAGUGUCACCUUAGAAGCCAUCAGCCGCAGUGGACACAUGUCAGAGUGCAAAUACCACGGCUUUUCAUCGAGUGCCUGCUGCCCGACCUAUGUUAAACUAUACCGUUGGGCCAACAACUCCCUAAGGGUGUACUGGCGCACCUCCUGGAGCCCCCAGGUCCAGCAGCACGUAGUGGAACUGUACGGGACUGCGGCCAACUACACGUGUCUGGCGCCCGCCAACAGCAAAUACUGCGACAUCCAAGAGGAGACAUGCGGUGAUGUCUACACGGUGGUGGUAGCGCCGGUUGGACCUGACGGCGUAAAAGUGGGCUUCUGCCAGCAGAGGACAUACUCAGUUCCCUGCAAAGGACUUAAUGCUGCCAUUGUGAUCUCUCGAGGGAGAAGAAGCAUAAAAUAAAGCCGGGAGCUUCCCAACGACACCCCGACGCGGAGGAGGACUGUGUUGACAUCCAAUGUGGACAUGCAUGAAUGAAAUAUUAUACUCCUGUUGUGCUUCAGUGAUGUUUGCAAGAAGACAUGCAUGAUAAGAAAGUACAAACCCACUAAGAAAU